CCACCGGGAGCUUCCUACCUUUCAGGUACUACGCUGCUGCAAGUUCCUAAUAUCGCAUAUUAAACCUAUCUUCUUUCGAUUCUGAUAGUCCCUUACCGUCCGGCGAUAUGGCCCGUAUGGUAGGAGGCACGAAGGUUGCAUCGAGUUUGCUGGACACCACUCGGCGCCUCGCCUCUUCAAACUUCACUUUUUCUGUCACCAGAAAACCUUCUUCAGCGGUAAUUUGCUUGAUGAACCGUGGCAAAUUCUUAAAACGGCUAAUUUCACGCUUCAAUUAGUCUUUUUGCACUAGAAUCCUUCUCAUGGAAGUCACCGCCAAACCCACUAUCGGAACAUAUUGACUCCCUCGCGACAAAGCUUGCAUGCGUUGUUUAUUUAAAUCGAGCUCUUUUUUAUCGAGUAUAAAAACCAAGUCUCGGAAAUGCUUUCCUUUUUAUUCCGAGACUGCGCACUGGAGACAGUGAGCAUCGUGACGCGGUGUUAGAGGUGGAGCGUUCUCGUUGUAGGAUACCUCGGCCAAUCGCUGCACUGUUAAGGGUGAUUGAGGCAUCUAGUAUUGCCCAGGCUAAUGCUUCAGCAUGUCUAGAGAGCUGCGAAGACAGUUACGGUUGCAAACGGAAUUUCCACAUUAGGACUGACCUUGGUGGGAAGGGUUGCAUCGGGCCCUUGCUAUCGACUGGGCACUAGUGGCCACUUUUCCGUUGGACGCUUGGUGGUGGCCGACAUGCUAUCCGGCAGCUAGAUUCCAGCCGAAGAGAACGUGCGUUACCCAAACGUUACAGUAUUUACAGCAUUUAUGGUAGCUGAAACGCCUCCAAGCCUGAUGUGAUGCCGGUGGCUGGUCUUGGUCAUGGUACUGGUCGUGGACGCAUGCUGACCAAGGGCGUGCUCUCUCUCCGGGCUUAGAAAGAUGUUGUUAUACUCUGCGCAUAGGGCCGUUAAUGAUGAGGCUAAUGGGAAAGAGAAAGCUGUUUCGGAUCAUCGACGAUCGAUAAGCGGAAACUGGCAGAUCCCCUUUAACGCUUUGCGCUGGGAAAACGGACCGAAGUGUCAUCGGCUGAACCUAGCAUACUACCCCAUGCCGCACUGUAGCAAGAGCACUACCUAUCAGUUCGCACUAUCCAUGACGACGCACGAGGAGGUCACAUUGGAAUGUUUAGUAUGGGCUGUGAGCGAAUUGAUUAUGCAACAGAAAUGAGAACACAUUGUACCCGUGUGCAAGGCAUGCUCGGGAAUAAAUACGGCGGCGGUACUCGUCCGUGUUUUACAGAAAUUUUUGAACAGGACUGAGGUAUCAAACCAACCAGCUCAACUUGUUCCCAACUAAUAAGCCAGUAUUCCGAAAAUCUACCCAAUAUGCGUCUGUCUCUGCUCCUUUCUAUCUUGCCACUCGUAGCAGCUGGCCCUGCUGUUAUGAAGCGCGAUGAGCCAGCGCCGCUAUUGACUCCCCGCGGUGAAGAUGACUUGAUUGCUGACAGUUACAUUGUCAAGUUCAAGGAGGGCAGUCCUAUGGCUAAAGCCGAUGGACUCUUUGGCAUUCUAAACUCUCAGGCCAAGAAGAACAUGUUCAAGGGCGCUUUCCGGGGCUUCGCUGGCAAGGUGAACAGACUUAACCUUGAAGCCAUUCAGAAUCACCCAGAUGUUGAAUACAUUGAACAAGACGGCAAGUAUUAUCUUGACGGUGUCCUUUCCCAGGCUCGCGCCCCAUGGGGUCUGGGUCGCAUUGCCCACAGAGAGAAGGGCAAGAACGAGUACCUCUUCGACGAGCGCGCCGGUGAAGGCACCUGCUCUUACAUUAUUGAUUCUGGUAUUGAUGCUGAUCAUCCGGAGUUUGAGGGCCGAGCUAAGUUUGUUGCCAAAUUCGGUUCUGGUCCGAACGCCGACGACUGUGCUCACGGAACUCAUGUUGCUGGCACUAUUGGCAGUAGAACGUAUGGUGUCGCUAAGAAGACAAAGAUCUUCGCCAUAAAGGCAUUAGCAAUGGAAGGCAUCUAUUGCACAACAUCUAUGGGUUCUCUUGUUCAGGCUAUGAACUUUGUGUCAUCUGACUCUAAGAAGCAGGAUUGCCCCAACGGUGUGAUUCUAAACAUGAGUCUUGGUGGCUUCAAGUCGCGCGCCAUCAAUGAUGCCGCCAGGUCACUUUCCAGAGAGGGCAUCUUUGUUGUUGCUGCUUCUGGCAAUAAGAACCAGCCUGCUAUCAACUACUCUCCUGCUUCGGAACCCGAGGUCUGCACUGUCGGAGCCACUGACAUCAAUGAUCGCCGCUACGUGGACUCCAACUACGGUCCUUUGGUCGACAUCAACGCUCCCGGUGUUGAUAUUAUCUCCACCGUUCCCGGCGGCCGAGUUGCUGCCAUGACUGGCACUUCUAUGGCUUCUCCUCACGUUGCUGGUCUUGCAGCUUACCUUGCCUCAGUCACUGGUAAGCGAGCGGGCCCCGAGUCCUGCGACAUUAUUCGCGGCAUGGCUACCAAGGGUGCCAUUACGAACCAGGUUGCCGAUACUGUCAACCUCUUGGCUUUCAACGGCAUCUAAGUGUGGUUGCUCUGUUUUGACGUGUCUACGUAUAUACGACUUACAUAGGAUUCCCCGCUACCGCCUGGGCUGAUUUUCCUUUUGUUCAACUCUUUCACCCCUUAAUUAUCAACUGAAUAUAUA